AUGUUUUGAUCACAGAACUCGUGAACACACAUUUCCAUUGACAAACAGCGUAGUUGUUUAAUCAGUGUGUAUAAGACUUUGGCCAACAGCCGAGUGUUUGUUUUUCAUUUUAUUAUUGUCGUUCAGUAACUAAAAGUGAUUAUCUGAAAUAUUGUAAAAUUUAUCGCGCAAUUAUGCUGAGAAUUUCUACACGAUUCCUUGGCAUUAGGAAUUGCCACACAAAUCACAUCACAAGUUAUUCACGAAUAAUUACGCAAUUUUCACGUUAUUAUAGCGAUGAAAAACCAUCCAAAUUCGCAAUCAGUGAUGAAAUUCUCGAUGGCCGACCACUUUAUUUGGACGCACAAGCAACCACACCACUCGAUCCAAGAGUGUUGGAUGCAAUGCUACCAUAUUUGACCAGCUUUUAUGGAAAUCCACAUUCGCGCACACAUCAAUAUGGUUGGGAAUCGGAAAAAGCAGUUGAAAAGGCUCGUGAACAAGUAGCUACUUUGGUUGGAGCGGAUCCAAAAGAGAUUAUUUUUACAUCUGGCGCUACGGAAUCAAAUAAUAUUGCCGUGAAGGGUGUUGCAAGAUUCUAUGGUGAAAAAAAGAAACAUGUCAUCACAACACAAACUGAGCAUAAAUGUGUAUUGGAUUCGUGCCGUGCUUUGGAAGCUGAAGGAUUCCGUGUGACAUAUUUACCCGUUCAGUCGAAUGGUAUAAUUAAAAUGGAUGAAUUGGAGAAGGCCAUGACGCCAGACACAUCGCUCGUUUCAAUUAUGACCGUCAACAAUGAAAUCGGUGUAAUGCAGCCCAUUUCUGAAAUCGGUAAAUUGUGCAAAUCAAAAAAUGUAUUCUUCCACACCGAUGCAGCUCAAGCGGUGGGAAAAAUUCCAAUCAAUGUAAACGAAUCGCAUAUUAGUUUGAUGUCAAUAUCGGGCCAUAAAGUUUACGGUCCAAAAGGAAUUGGUGCUUUAUAUGUUCGCCGAAGACCCCGAGUUCGUGUUGAAGCCUUACAAAGUGGUGGUGGUCAAGAGCGUGGGCUGCGAAGUGGAACCGUGCCAACUCCGUUGUGCGUUGGAAUUGGUGCUGCAUGCGAAAUUGCUGCCAAAGAGAUGAGCUAUGACCACGAAUGGAUGGAAUAUUUAUCGAAAAUCUUAAUCGAUAGAAUUAACGUCGCUUUGCCACAAGUCAUUCGAAAUGGCGAUCCGAAUGAAACUUAUCCAGGUUGUGUGAAUCUGUCAUUUGCAUUCGUUGAAGGCGAAUCACUGCUAAUGGCUUUAAAAGAUGUGGCAUUGUCCAGCGGAUCUGCAUGCACAUCUGCAUCACUUGAACCAUCGUAUGUUCUACGGGCAAUCGGAGCUGACGAAGAUUUGGCACACAGUUCAAUUAGAUUUGGCAUCGGCCGUUUUACAACAAAGGAAGAGAUCGAGUACAUAGCUGAUAAGUGUAUUAAACAUGUUCAACGCUUGCGUGAGAUGUCACCGCUUUGGGAAAUGUCACAAGAGGGCAUUGAUAUUAAAUCAAUCCAAUGGACACAACAUUAAGAACAAAAGAAAAUAUACAUUGGUUUCAUCUUAUUCUGUAAAUAAAUUUUAAGCGUAUUCAAUACCUAUAUAACAUUAUAUUACGUUUGCUUUUGCCA